AUGGGACUAUCAAGAAGUAUUGAACAACGCGUUGCCAUCGAGAGUGACAUAAUAAUCGGUGUCAUUGAUACCGAAAUUUGGCCAGAGUCAGAGAGCUUCAACGAUGAAGGCUAUGGUCCUAUUCCCACAAAAUGGAAAGGAGAAUGUGACGGCGGCAAAGAUUUUGUUUGUAACAGAUAUAAUCCAGAAAAAACAGAGAAAAGAUCCAGAAAGAUAAUUGGCGCUCGCUCGUAUAUCGUUGAUAGUAAGGAACUUUCUGCUAGGGAUACAGUUGGGCAUGGGACUCAUGUCGCAUCAGUAUUAGUCGGUAACCAAGUGCGACACUCAAGCUAUUAUGGUCUAGCACAUGGAAUUGCUAGAGGAGGAGUUCCCUCGGCACGGGUAGCUAUUUAUAAAGUAUGCGGUCCAACAGGUUGUGAUUAUACAGGCAUUCUGAGGGCCUUCGAUCAGGCCAUUGCUGACGGGGUUGAUAUCAUAUCGAUCUCACUUGGAACUGACGAUCCACUCGAACUUACUUUUGACCCAAUUGCGAUUGGAGCAUUUCAUGCAAUCGAGAGGGGCAUUCUGACGGUAAAUUCUGCAGGAAAUAAGGGUCCUUUUAGAGCUUCUAUCAAUUCAUAUGCUCCAUGGAUCUUUACUGUGGCAGCAAGUGAUAUUGAUAGAAAAAUUGUCAACAAGCUCCGUCUCGGAAAAGAUGCAACUCUAGUGGCGAGUAGCUAG